AUUUCCCGGGUCUCGUAGUUCUGCGCAAAUGUAAAAGAUGCCCCGCAUGGUUUUGGUUCUCUGCCAGGUGCCAUUCCCUCCGCCUCUCCUUCUCCUUCUUUCUUUUGCGAUUCCUCCCCGUGUUCCCUGGAUCUGAUUCGGUUCCCUCGCUCAAAUUCUAGGCUUGACUCCCAGAAUGGGCCGAAGAUGAAAGGGAAAAUCCCCGCCUGCCUUCGGGUUUCGAUUCAAAUUCAUGGGGGGUUGUUUCAGUUCCGACGAGCACGUUCAGGGUCGGCGGUACAUGGAAGGGAUCCCAGUCGAUGCAGGGCAUGAUUUCUCGACAUCUCCGACUAAGUCGAAUAAAGUGGAGGUUAGCAGCGUGAAAAGCAUCCCCGGUAUGCCAUUGGCAUCCAAGAAUGUUAAAGACCUGCGCCGAAGCCCGGGGUACUCCAAUGUUGAUAUCUUUACAUACGAGGAAACGAGGCUGGCGACGAAGCAAUUUCGGCCGGACUUGAUUCUCGGCGAAGGUGGGUUUGGAAUUGUCUAUAAAGGAAGCAUAGACGAGAGUGUCAGGCCAGGUUACCAAACUGUUCAAGUUGCCAUUAAGGAGCUAAAUCGGGAGGGUUUUCAAGGCGACAGAGAAUGGCUGGCUGAAGUCAACUACUUGGGGCAGCUUCGUCACCCAAAUCUUGUGAAGCUUAUUGGAUACUGCUGCGAAGAUGAGCAUAGGCUUUUAGUCUAUGAAUACAUGGCUGGGGGGAGUCUUGAGAAACAUCUUUUUCGAAGAGUUGGUUGCUCUCUGACAUGGUCAAAACGCAUGAAGAUAGCUUUAGAUGCUGCAAAAGGGCUUGCUUUUCUCCAUGGUGCAGAAAGAUCAAUUAUAUACCGCGAUUUCAAGACAUCAAAUAUCUUGCUGGAUGCAGAUUUUAAUGCAAAGCUUUCAGACUUUGGGCUUGCAAAGGAUGGACCUGUGGGCGACCAAACACAUGUCUCAACACGUGUAAUGGGCACAUAUGGCUAUGCUGCGCCAGAGUACGUAAUGACUGGUCAUUUAACCGCUCGAAGUGAUGUUUACGGGUUUGGGGUGGUUCUACUUGAAAUGCUUAUUGGAAGGAGAGCAAUGGACAAGUCAAAACCUAGUCGAGAGCAUAACCUGGUAGAGUGGGCCCGACCUCUGCUGAAUAAUAAUAAGAAGCUUCUUAGGAUCUUGGACCCCAGAGUGGAAGGACAGUACUCAGUUAAAACUGCUAUGAAGGUGGCCAAUUUGGCAUAUCAAUGCCUUAGCCAAAAUCCAAAGGGAAGACCAUUAAUGAACCAUGUUGUUGAAGUACUAGAAAGUUUUCAGUCAAAGGAAGAAUGCCAGGAACAAAUGAUGAGUGGAGGUGGGAGUGUUACUCUUUUUGACGUUUCAAAGGAGACUGAGAAGCAUAGAACCCUGAGAUCAGAAAGUGAAAGGAAGGAGGUGGAGAGUAGACGACCAGCCCUUCGAGAGACCAAGAGUCAACCUCCUAAUGAGUUUGACCUUUAUAAUCAUUCUCCGGAUUUGGAGUGUUAUGCGAAAUCAGCUUCUAGCAGAAGUUGAAGUUUUGCCUCGUGUGGAUGGAAGUUGAAAUAUUGUAAUCUAUCAACUUUCUUGUCCCGUUGGAGUUUUGGAAUGCUUAUUUGAUUCUCGAUUGCCAUAGAAUUUGGAGGUCCAA